AUGUCAAAAUACGUCAAGAGGGUGUCCCUCUUCAAGGUGCCCAAAGAAGAUGACAUUGACGCCAUUCUCGCAGAGUACCAAGUCCUGCGAAGCACCGCGCAAAAGGAUGGGAAACCCUACAUCGUCUCCAACGAGGCCUCUCGUGUCAUCAACUCGUCGGAAGAGCGAAGUCAAGGGUACACCGUGAUCGCAGUCACGACGUUCAGGUCACGCGAGGACGUCGACUACUACGACAAAGGGUGUGCGGCGCACAAGAAGCUGAGAGAGUUCAUCUCCACGAGAAGGACCGGGGUUGCAACGGUACACUUUGAGAGCGAUCUUGGGCCUUCGAAAGUCUGCUUCCUCUGGCCAGUACAAUUUCUCGAGGAAAUAUUAAAAAAAAAUCGUAUUACUCUUCGAAGUUCCCUGCCCAUUUUACCACCCAAUUUCAGCGGCAGUGAUGGAUGUUUCAAUGCACCGAUCCUACCUCGAGGUAUUCCAGGCCCUCCAAGACAUCCACUUCCAUUCCAAGCCCAAGCUCAUAUACACUCUGUACAUGCACAUGUCCUUCUCUCACAGGCGCAAAAUAUUGGGCUGGUUAAAUCACAACCCUGA